GUAUUCUCCAACGAGUCCUGCAUACUCUCCUACGAGCCCCGCAUAUUCCCCGACGAGUCCAGCGUACUCUCCCACAAGCCCAGCGUACUCCCCGACAAGCCCAGCGUAUUCCCCGACUAGCCCUGCGUAUUCCCCGACGAGCCCGGCGUAUUCUCCUACGAGCCCAGCGUACUCCCCGACGAGUCCGGCUUAUUCUCCAACGAGUCCUGCGUACUCUCCUACAAGUCCUGCUUACUCCCCAACGAGUCCAGCGUACUCCCCGACGAGUCCGGCCUACUCCCCGACGAGUCCGGCGUAUUCGCCAACAUCUCCGUCGUACUCUCCUACCUCACCCGCGUAUAGCCCGACGAGUCCGGCGUACUCUCCAACCUCUCCUGCGUACAGCCCGACGUCCCCUGCCUAUUCCCCUACGUCCCCAGCGUACUACCAUCCUUUAGUCACUAGUAGCGAUGAAGGUCCUGUCGUCAGGUACUCUCCUACGUCGCCAGCCUACUCGAACACCUCCCCAUC